AUGGCCCACCCUGGCGAAAGUUCCCGCCAGGGAAACCGCACCCCCUCGCAGUUUAUUCCCACCAAUGACCAUUAUAUAACCUUCCUGCCCGGUGGCCUUCAGACCCUCUCCCCGUCUGCUCACUUGGCCCGCCACCAGAUUCGGCUCGAGACGGAGAUCCGCCGCCUGGAACGGGAACAAAUUUUCCGUGACCUCGAGUAUCGUGUCCAGCGGAUCCAACGCUAUCACCAGGCUCACCCCCAACCCCAGGCUCACCCUCACCCCCAGGCUCACCCCCAGCCCCAAAUUCACCUCCAGCCCCAGGCUCACCCCCAGCCCCAAAUUCACCUCCAGCCCCAGGCUCACCUCCAACCCCAAGCUCACCUCCAGAUCCAAGCUGACCUCCAGCUCCAAGCUGACCUCCAGCUCCAAGCUGACCUCCGGCUCCAAGCUGACCUCCAGGCUUACCCCCACCCCCAGCCCCGGGCCUACCCCCAGGCCCAGGCUCAUCUCCAGUCCCAAUCCAGCUCAUCCUCUUCCGAUCAAUCUGGUGGCGGGGAAAAAAAUCCUCCAGCACCGACAGCGGCCAUAUAUAGGCUGCUUCGCCUGCUUCGCCCUGGGCCGGACGGUGAUUUCCGCCCUACGUUGGGCGAUACCAGUGGGUCCUACGGCUGGCCGGGGUAUACUGGAGUAGAGAAGUAUCCUAGCAUUGAAUUCCUGGAGAAAGGUGGAUUUAAUAUUAUAUGGCUUCUGACCACAAAUGGGCCGGAUGGAAAGCCAAGACGCAUGGUUUUUCGGGUCCCGAUAGGCGGGCUGGAUGAAGGCUCGGGAAUCAGGGUUAGUCUUGUGAAUGAGGUUGCCACUCUCAGGUAUAUUCGCAAGCAUGUCCCGAGUAUUCCGGUUCCACAGGUGUAUGCAUUUGAUGCCGGUGAUACGCUUAUUGGGGUUCCGUUCGUCGCGAUGGAAUUCAUCCCUGGUAAUACGCUCAGGUACAUGUGGCCGAGGUAUUCUGAGGAAGAGCGUGAGGUUGCUUGCGAUAACUUGGCCAGUGUCGUGAUGGCAAAGAUUUUCACCGAGUUUAAAAAGAUUGGCGGUAUCACACUCGAAGGCGAAGGCAGAAUUGGUCCUGCUGUGGAGUAUUCGAGAGUUUCUGAUCCAGGAAGGAAGGAGCUUUACACCAAUGAGUGUUAUGACAUUGGCCCAUACGACUCUAUCAAUGACUAUGUUCUCGCCAGUUACGACAAGGAGUUGAAGUACUAUACUAGUAUAAGCACCGUUAAGCAUGGGGAGCCGAUCACUAGGGAGAUCAUCAAACUUAUGGAUUUUAUCGUUACACUAAUGGAGGCGCGCAUGGCAUUCUGUCUCUCUGAGAAGGCAGAUUCCGUCGAGCCGUUUGUGCUAAUCCACGGAGACAUGCACGGUAGUAACAUCCUCAUGAACGGGACAAGCAUCGCUGGGGUGCUGGACUGGGAGUUUGCGGGAUCGUACCCGCUCAGUGAUAUGCUGAGGAGGGGCUUUGGCUGUCAGGGUGCACCGUGGGAGAGAAGGGUCAAGGAUAUAGUGCUCGAAAGGGUAGGCGAGUGGAAAAUGGAUAUGUUGGAGAGCUACGAGGAGCCUGCAUGGGCCAAGGUGAGGGGGCUCACCGUCCCGGUGUCGCCAAAUGGAGAUAUCGCAGUUUAUGAGACUAUAUAA